AUGGCUUCCAGAUUUUCAUCACCAAAUAAAACAAAUCAUAAAAAACGAGCUCUUCUCAUUGGCAAUAAUAAAUACAGCAAAAAUAUUGAACUUCGGUAUUGUACUAAUGAUGCUGAAGAUCUUGCUAAAAACUUACGUAGAAUUGGCUUUGAAAUCACAGUUGGUACUGAUUUGACAUAUGAACAGAUGGAUAGAACGAUCGAAACGUUUAAAGAAAAGAUAAAUCCAGAUGAUCUUGUUCUUUUCUUUUAUGCGGGUCAUGGAUGUCAAUGGGGUCAUCUAAAUUUUCUCAUCCCUAUCGAUGAUGAUCGAAUCACAACAAAUACUGAUCUUAAAUAUCGAGCAAUCAAUGUACAAGCUAUGCUUGAAAACGUCAUGGGUCGUCGUCCAUCAGCAGCUAUAUUUCUUCUCGAUUGUUGUCGAAAUAUUGGUGUGCGAGGACCAUCGAAUUCUAAUGGCCUUUCAGCCAUGCAAGCAGUUGCUGGUUCAUUUAUUGGUUUUGCAUGUGAUGCAGAUAAAACUGCUUUGGAUGGAUCAGCAACUGGCCGAAAUGGCUUAUUUACAUCUCAUCUGCUUCAACAUAUUGAUCGACGGAAUUUAACUAUUGAUGAGAUAAUGUGUGAUGUUUGUGAUGGUGUAAUGAGAGAAACAGAUGAUGGUCAAUGUCCAUUUCGAGUAUCUUCGCUUCGACGAAAAGUUUAUUUAAAUCAACAAUUUAUACCUGGUGAGUCUAGAAUAAUUUUGAAUCUCCAUAAAUAUGAAAAACACUGA